CGCCGGCGACCAUGGCGUUCGCCGGGCUGGAGCGAGUACAUUAACCCCGGGAGGCGGCGGCGGCGACGAGGGAGCGAGCUGCGAGCGGGCGGGCCCAGCCUGAGGGAAGGGAGGAAGGGGCGGGGAGAGCGCCGGAGGGAGGCCGGUCGGCCGCGGGCGGGCGGGCAGCGCAGCGCCGAGCGGGGCCCGCGGGCCCAUGAGGAGGCCCGGGGACCAUGGGCUCCAGGAUCAAGCAGAACCCAGAGACCACGUUUGAAGUGUAUGUUGAAGUGGCCUAUCCUAGGACAGGUGGCACUCUUUCAGAUCCUGAGGUGCAAGAGGCAAUUCCCGGAGGACUACAGUGACCAGGAAGUUCUACAGACUUUGACCAAGUUUUGUUUCCCCUUCUAUGUGGACAGCCUCACAGUUAGCCAAGUUGGCCAGAACUUCACGUUCGUGCUCACUGACAUUGACAGCAAACAGAGAUUCGGGUUCUGCCGCUUAUCUUCAGGGGCGAAGAGCUGCUUCUGUAUCUUAAGCUAUCUCCCCUGGUUCGAAGUAUUUUAUAAGCUGCUUAACAUCUUGGCGGAUUACACGACAAAAGGCCAGGAAAAUCAGUGGAAUGAGCUUCUUGAAACUCUGCACAAACUUCCCAUUCCUGACCCAGGAGUGUCUGUUCAUCUCAGUGUGCAUUCUUAUUUUACUGUGCCUGAUACCAGAGAACUUCCCAGCAUACCUGAAAAUAGAAAUCUGACAGAAUAUUUUGUGGCUGUGGAUGUAAACAACAUGUUACAUCUGUAUGCCAGUAUGCUGUAUGAACGCCGGAUUCUCAUCAUCUGCAGCAAACUCAGCACUUUGACUGCCUGCAUCCACGGGUCUGCCGCGAUGCUCUACCCCAUGUUCUGGCAGCACGUGUACAUCCCCGUCCUUCCUCCACACCUGUUGGACUACUGCUGUGCUCCCAUGCCCUACCUCAUAGGAAUCCAUUUAAGUUUAAUGGAGAAAGUCAGAAACAUGGCCCUGGAUGAUGUCGUGAUCCUCAACGUGGACACCAACACCCUGGAAACUCCCUUUGAUGACCUCCAGAGCCUCCCAAAUGAUGUGAUCUCUUCACUGAAGAACCGGCUGAAGAAGGUCUCCACAACUACGGGGGAUGGUGUGGCCAGGGCCUUCCUCAAAGCCCAGGCCGCUUUCUUUGGCAGCUACCGAAACGCUCUGAAAAUUGAGCCGGAGGAGCCAAUCACCUUCUGUGAAGAAGCCUUUGUGUCCCAUUAUCGCUCGGGAGCCAUGAGGCAAUUCCUGCAGAAUGCCAUCCAGCUACAGCUCUUCAAACAGUUUAUCGAUGGUAGACUGGAUCUUCUCAAUUCUGGCGAAGGUUUCAGUGACGUUUUUGAAGAGGAGAUCAGCAUGGGCGAGUAUGCUGGCAGCGAUAAACUCUACCAUCAGUGGCUCUCCACAGUCCGGAAAGGAAGCGGAGCCAUUCUGAAUACCGUGAAAACAAAGGCGAACCCAGCUAUGAAGACUGUCUAUAAGUUUGCAAAAGAUCAUGCAAAAAUGGGAAUAAAAGAGGUGAAAAACCGCUUGAAGCAAAAGGACAUCACCGAGAAUGGCUGUGCCCCCACCAUGGAAGAGCAGCCGCCAAAGACUGUGCCGUCCCCACUGGUGGAGGCCAAGGACCCUAAGCUCCGAGAAGACCGGAGGCCAAUCACUGUCCACUUCGGACAGCCACAAAGACUCCGUCCCACUCGCCCGCCGCCUCCCAAGAUACAGCGCUCGAGGCCCGUGCGCCCUCCCCGUCCCCAUGUGGUAAAGAGACCAAAGAGCAACAUCACGGUGGAAGGCCGGAGGACGUCCGUCUCAAGCCCCGAGCAGCCUCCAGCCAGGCGUCUGGGCUGGGUUUUGAGUGGUGACACCCAAAGCGUACUCAAACAGGCUCAGAAGAAGGUUCCGGGCCUUUUCUUAUGCCAAAGGUAUAAGGUCAACAGGAGAGAGCUAGGAACCUGGUCAAGGAGCUGACCCAUUUAACAAGGGCCACCACCCUCCUAGGCCUGGGGUGCUCGAGGUCUCUAAAGCUUGGCUUUACACCCAGGACAGUCCUUAUCCGUCGCCCCACACCCGUCCGUACUUUUGCUCACCUGUGCCAUAGCAUUUAUUUUACUAGGGCUUGGCUUUUCCACUUUCCCUCGGGCCCAGAGUUCUGCAGGCAGGCACUGGGUGUUCUGCCCGGAAGCCAGCAGAGGGCCCGACUCGGAAUCGAUGCAGGACAGACGCUGGAUAGACAAGGGAGACGACAGGUGGGCAAGCAACGCCUGAGAUUGAGCUGCCCGGAUGAUGUGAGGCUUAAAGCGGCACACGGCCCCAAGUCCCGAACUGUCUGGAGUGCUUCCCUUUGUCCCCAAGGCCCACAGCCCUGGGGCUCUCCCCAAACAACUCAGCAGCUACACACCAGCUUCCUGCGAUGCUUUGAAAAAGUCCACGAAAGCCUCUCGGUCUAGGGUUUGUUAGGGGAACCAAAACUGUUGCCCCGGGGACCCUGAAGUCCCUUGGCUGAGGCGAGGAACGCGCCUCCUGUCUGCUCUACCUUCAGAAAAGUUGUCAGGAAACAAGCUAAAGGAAAUGGCAGGCCCUAGCCAGAAAAGGAGCCAAAAGGAAGAAGAAAUUCUGAAAUGGCCACUUGUGGCCUAACCCAGGUUGCAGCACACUUGAGCUCUUCCAGGAUUUCUGGUUUACAGUAUGACAUUGCUGGAGGCCACCGUGUUGUUACAGAACCAGCUGACCUAGGCCUACACAACCUUGCCCAGAAAGCAAUGGGAGAUGGUGUGUGUGUGUGUGUGUGUGUGUGUGUGUGUGUAUGUAUGUGUGCGCGCACAAGCACGCACAUCUUGAGAGAUGCUUGGUUAUGCGAACUGUGGAAGAGAGGAGUCCUGAAGUUGGUUGUAGGUACAACUUGUCCUCUGCACAAUAGGACGGUGGGAAUCUUAAGGAGUAGUUUUGGCCCUGACUGGCAUGGAUUAUGACUGCCCCCGUGUGGAGAAAGUCCUCCAUGGCUCCAGAGUUCCUCAGACCCUGAAGAUUUCUCCUUAGGAAGAGAUGAAAUUAGUUUACUUUCCUUUAAAACCACGUCUUUAAAACCGGGCUAAACCUUUUAGACACCGUGCUGGGAUAGAGAGUUGUGAGUCUGUAGAUACUGAAAUGCAAGCCUAGAGUCGCCGUGCAUGCCCAAGAGCACCCAGAGCCAGCAACACUCCACGUUUUACUGAAAACCAUUUCCUAUUUUGUGGCCAGGGCACCAAUUAGAGGUUAGAAUUCCUGAUUUCGUUCAUUUAUGCCGCUGCUGUCCCAGCCCAGUGAUAGGGGAAGCCUCUUCAGUCCAUGCCCCAGAGCCAGCGUCUGGCCAUCCCAUCAUCCUGGUCGUUAGCCCAACUGCGCCGGUAUCACUUCUCAUUUCUUUGUGCAAUACGCCUUGUUUUAGGUUUCUGUUCCGGAAACAUUUGGGUUGAAAUGAACCAGUGGGAACACGGGCGCUAGUUCACUGGCAGUGAUAGAACGCAAAUGGCAGGUUCUCUGUCCGCCACGGCAGCUCCAGCCCUGCAGGUGGUAGAGAAGUACAUUUGGGGAUGUUACUCCAAGAGUUUCUGUUCGUAUUUUUUUAGUGGGGGGAGGGGUGCUGUUGUCCCCUAAUACCAGCGACAUUUCUGGUGCACCCGGGGUAUUUUCCUGCAUCUCUUCCCAUGCUGCCUACCCAUCCCCCCCCCCGCCUCCCCACCCCCACCCCCCCACCCCCGUUGUGCUCCUCCACUUGCAAAUGCCAUGUCACAACAGCACUUGGAUGUGUUUUUCUCAACUGUCAUCAGCUCCAGCUGGCAAGACCAAGUUCUUGAAACACAGGAAGCAUCCAGCGGAAAAUAUUUUAAUAAAACAGACUCCUCAUAAAAUAUUGUUCUGGGGGGGAAAGAAAGCAGCUCCACCAAUCUGUCAGCAUUGUGUUGGGAGACACGAGAAGACAAGCCGGCAGGCAGGAGCCAGAUCCUAAUGGGCCUUUGUUGCCGGUGGUUCCGUGUGGGGCACGUGGACUCGGUGCCUGGCCCUUUAAUCUGGCCUGGAUUUUCUGGACUCACGGAUCUUUGUCUCCGCUGGGAAUAUCAACGUGCAUCGGCAACUUAGAGGGUUCGGACGGCAGCAAGAGACAGGAGAUCUUUGAAGUGGAGCGAGAGGUUCCGUCCUCCCGGCUUCGGCCCCAACUCUCACUUCCAAAUAGACCAUUAAAUAAUUAACUUUGUGGACGGCAAGAUGGAGCUGAUUAACAAUAAGACAGUCUCCUUGGCCUCCCGCAGCAGCUCGGAGUCUGGAAUUCAUCAAGGCCAGGAAUAUCGGCUGCCAGCUCUCUGGCUGGCCCACCCGUUGGACUCUAGUUCUUUCUUUCCAGAUGAUGUCCAUCUGUCCAUUCAUGCAUCCGUUCAUUCAGCAAAUAGCUUCAAAACCCUACCAGGUGUGAGCUAUUUGGGACCUUUUAAAGACGGCCUUUAAAGAGAAUCCCCGUGCCGAUUCUUUUUUGACUUGCGUUUCCCCAAAAUGAAAUUUUCUCCUAUGUCAAAUGCUCUUUCCGAAUCAAAGGUGGGUGUCCCAGCCCCUGACAACCGUCUGAUGACAACUGGAGGAACACUUCAGAAAGAUUUCUGGGGAAAACAUUCCCUCUGUUUUUCAGUUAACACCAGCUAAUUAAUAUUCAGUGACUAUUUCUUCUCCAGAAGUACUAGCUACUUCCAUUAUUAUUCAGAACGGGCUGCCGGAAUGCCCUGAGGAUUCCCCAGGGUGAGAGCCAGGGCUGGGAGGGGUCAGGCAGUGCGGGCUGGGGGUCAGAGACCAGUUAGCGGCAAGCACAGCCCAGCGCCUGUUGUGUUCUAGGCCCUCUUCAGCGGGUAUUUGUUUCUUCUUCCACCGAAUGGGAACUAGGGCUCAGAAAAUGCAUCUGACCGGUGUUCCCGGGGUCAUCUGGUCAGAAGGUGGCGGGGCCAGGACUCCACAUGCUACUUGAUUUCAUUCUCUCCGCUACACUCUGCCGCCCACGGGGUCCCCUCGUCAUUUUGGUGAUUCUGUGUCCUAAGAUGAGUUGCCCCACGCGCUACCCUUUCUGUCUGGCUCCUUGAAGUUGGGAUCUAGAGCCGUUCAGUCGUCUUUCUGGCAAAGAAGCAGUGUCCCCUGGUGCCUGAGUGCUUCUGCCUACGACCUUUACUGAACCAUCCCUUAAGCUUGAGAAAGGUAGGUGGUGGCUUUCCCCUCUCACAGAGAAACUGAGGCUCAGAGAGAGAUCUUCUAGAACUGGCUGAAGGUCUCUGGGCUAGAAAAUGGUGCGAUCGACCGUCUGAUAACACAGGCCUACCCCUUCUUCGAUACCAUCAAGCUUUUUGGUUACGAACCUAAGUAUGACCAUGAGUUACUGUGAGUAAUGAGGACAGUGGGGGUUGCGGUGGGCACAAGGAGUUUCCCAUCUCCCGCCUGUUAAAGGCUAUUUCGGCCGCAGUGUGCAUGGCUGUCAGGCCCCAACUUAUUUUCCCUUUGGCCUGCCAGGGAUCGGAGAAUUUCUCAUCCAACGUGACGCUUAGAAGGAGCCGGCGGCAAACUCUCAAAGGCAGCGCUGGGCUCAGUACCACCCGCCCCUCAGGAUGGCACGCGGUGUGC